UUUUUUUGUGUCCGCUGCACUUCCGUGCUCUCCUUGGUUGGUAAUAUGCAUGUAGUUAUAAAUCCGGAAUUGGUAAUGGAAGUAGAAGCUAGGAUGAAUAGGGCUUACCUACCAUCGCGACUGUUACCAACUCACCUUAGAGGAUCAACACUUCCACACCACAGGAAAUCUUCAUUAUAUUAUACUAGCACUGUAAGUAAUAGGGAUUCGUAUAAGGAACCAAGCAGCCAUGUUGCUACUGAAAGAUACUCACCUGUUCGUCGGGCAUCGGAAGGAUCGGGUGCACCUGGACCAGGCAUACAAGCACUUCAACAAGAAUAUCAACAAUUACAAAGAUUAGCAUCACCUUCACACAGUCCUGCGAGUAUUCCUGGUUCUCCAGUUCACGAAAGAGGUGUAGCAGCAAUUACGCAAGGUCUCAGUGGUUUAACUACGACAUCAGUACAGGGUAGUAUCGUACACGGUACACCGGCACAACCACCGGCCACACCUUUAGAUUUGAGUCCACUUAGGCAUCAUAGAUCACCUGCAACUACUCCUGUGAGUUACUCUCCCAGCAAUAGCCCAGCAUUGGAUAUGAUACAAGAAGAACAUCCUGUAGAAAUAUCAAGGGUACCACCGCAAAUUUCAGUGACAGAUGUUCUUGGAGGACAAGUGACGUUAAUAAAUUGCUCGCCUUCUCCGUCUCCAUCGCCGGAUUCACUCGAAGAUACAUUACCUCAUUACAAUACUCUUCCGAGUUUUAUUAUUUCAGAGCCGUGCGAUCCUUCGAGACCUAGUAUAACACGCGGUAUCGGUAGACCACACAAUACGAUAGCUACCGAAGUCGAAGUUCCUUUAUCUGAUGAGUCAAGCAGAUUAAAUUCCGAAACUAUAUUAGGUCGUGUUAAACAAAUAAUAGAUGCAAGAGCGCCACCAAAAGGUUUUAUAUUUUCAAGAGAGGAAGUGAAAGGUAGUGGACUUAGUUUAGAAUAUCCAGGUGGUGUACAAAUUGAACUUAGGGUAUUUGAAUCGGAAGAAAGAGAAACGAAAGGAAUAAAAAUGCGUAGGAUUAGUGGGGACCAAUUGCAAUAUAGUCAACUUUGUCAGCAAUUGAUUUCAUGUAUUACUGUUUGACGACAACCAGCAUAUAAUAUAUGUUUUUUCAUACAUUACGUUACAUUCCUAGUGUAUCAUACACUAUUCAUUACAGUAUUGCAUAUACUGCAUAUAC